AUGUCGACGGCCUCGCUCGACGGCACGGUGGUGAUGUGGGAUGUCGAGGCCGGGGUCGCGGCCGGGGUCCUGACCAACCCGGACGGCCUCCCGGCCUUGCAGCAUCUGCACCCGCCCAAUGAUCCCGAGCACCUCCUCGUCGCGCUCGAUCGCAAGGUCGUCUUGUACGACCUCCGCGCGAGCCUGAGUCGGGGGCAGCGGGAGUACACCGGGCACCUCGGCGCGAUCCUCCACCUCAGCCUGCUGCGGGACCCGACCAAAAUCCUCACAACCUCGGAGGAUCGCACCCUGCGGACCUGGGAUUAUCGCGUCGCGGUGCAGAUCCGCCAGUUCGCCGACGCGGGGCGCCACGCGAUCACGCACGUCCUCGCCCACCCCACCCAACCCGAGCUGCUCGCCGCGCAGUCGUUGGAUAAUCGGGUGCUUUUCUUCAAAGACCUCGGUGGGGGGCGGCUGAGCCCGGUUCGACGGGGGGGGUUUACGGGGCAUAACAUCUCCGGCACCUCUUGUCGGCUCGGCAUCAGCCGCGACGGGCGGUUUCUCUCCAGCGGGGAUCUCACCGGGGGGUUGUUCGUCUGGGAGUGGGGGAGCGGCGCCCUCGUGCGGGGGUUCCGCGCUCAUUCCCAGAUGCUCGUCUCGCACGCCUGGCAUCCGCUGGAGGCGUCGCGGGUUGUAACGGCGGGGUGGGAUGGGGCGAUUAAGAAUUGGGUGUGA